AGGAGGAGGAGCUGAAGCGGGGAGCGCGGCCGGCAGCAGCUCGGCCGGAGCGGCGGCGGCGGCGGCGCGGACACCGCAGCCUCCCAAGCCCCGAGUCCCGGCGCGGGCAGCAGCAGGGAGCGCCUGCCGGUCCGGCCACCGCACCUCCAUCCCCCAGCCGCCGUCGCUGCGCCCGGGACCGCCAGCCAUGGCCGCGCCGCCGGAUCCCCAAGAAGAGCUGCUGCCGCUGGCCGGCCGCGGGUCCCAGUGGUUUGGGGACCGGGAGGAAGGGGAGGACGAAGCGGUGACGCCGAAAGGGGCGAGGCCGGCGCCGCAGGCGGGGGAGUCCAGCCGGGGGCUGGGCGCCGGGGCCGGGGAAGCGGCGCCCGGAGAACUGGGCUCGAACCCCGCCCGGUCUCCCGUUGCCAUGGAAACUGCAUCCACAGGUGUGGCAGAUGUCUCCCGUGCCAUGGAUCAUCCCUUUUCAACAGCAUCAAAGGAUGGGGAAGGAGCGUGCUACACAUCUCUGAUUUCCGACAUCUGUUACCCACCUCAGGAGGAUUCCACAUAUUUCACUGGAAUUCUUCAGAAAGAAAAUGGCCACAUCACCACAUCAGAGAGCCCUGAGGAGCUGAGUACCUCUGGGCCCUCCUUACCAGAUGUGCCUGGGACGGAGCCUCGGGGCUUAUUUAGUUCUGAUUCUGGAAUAGAGAUGACUCCUGCAGAGUCCACCGAAGUGAACAAGAUCUUAGCAGACCCCCUGGACCAGAUGAAAGCAGAAGCUUACAAGUACAUUGACAUAACCAGGCCCGAGGAGGUGAGCUAUCAGGAGCAACAUCACCCCAAGUUGGAAGAAAAAGACUUUGACUUUAAGAAUAAGGACACUGAAAUCGCAAUAAAAUCGGAAAAGGCCCGUGAACCAGAGAAAGCAGCUCCCGUGGAGGGAAAGAUCCUCAAGGACCAUUUAUUUGAAGAAUCAACAUUUGCUCCUUAUAUAGAUGACCUCUCUGAGGAGCACCAUCGAGCCUCCCUGGUCACUGCCCCCAUCAAAAUCACGCUGACUGACACUGAGCCUUCUGCUGGAGCUGCUACCCAAGAGAAGACCCCCGAGAAGCAAGCUAUCUGUCUGAAACCGAGUCCUGACACAGUCCCUACUGUCACCGUCUCAGAGCCUGAAGAUGACAGCCCAGAAUCCAUCACUCCUCCGUCUUUCGGAACAGAACCAUCUGCUGCAGAAUCCCAGGGGAAAGGCAGCAUCUCCGAGGAUGAGCUGAUCACUGCCAUUAAAGAAGCGAAGGGGUUAUCCUAUGAAACAUCUGAGAGCCCGCAGCCGGCGGGCCACGUGGCCGACAGGCCCGAGGUCAAGGCCAGGUCCGGGCGGCCCACCAUCCCCAGCCCCUUGGACCACGAGGCCAGCAGUGCAGAGUCAGGGGACUCAGAGAUCGAGCUGGUGUCCGAGGACCCGCUGGCCGCUGAGGAUGCGCUGGCCUCCGGUUACGUGACCUUCGGCCACGUGGGCGGCCCGCCACCUUCGCCGGCCUCGCCGUCCAUCCAGUACAGCAUCCUGAGGGAGGAGCGCGAGGCCGAGCUGGACAGUGAGCUCAUCAUCGAGUCGUGCGAUGCGUCCUCGGCCUCGGAGGAGAGCCCCAAGCGGGAGCAGGACUCGCCCCCGAUGAAGCCGGGCGCCCUGGAUGCCAUCCGGGAGGAGCCGGGGGCCCGGGCCGAGCAGCGCGCGCCCAGCCAGCCGGGCCUGGCCGAGCAGGGCCCCUUCCUUAAGUUCCCCUCGGCGGUCGCCCGAACUGGCCAGGAGCUGCCCUCCGGAGACGGAGACGGAGCGCCCGCGCCCCAGGAGCCCGUGGUGCCGCAGACACCUGCAGAGGCAGCGAGUUCCAAAGAAACUCCCGAGGCCGCAGAGAGCCCUGGGCCCCGGGGUCCUGGCAUCGCGCCCCCGCUGCUGUUUUUCAAUAAGCAAAAAGCCAUUGACCUGCUGUACUGGCGGGACAUCAAGCAGACGGGGAUAGUGUUCGGGAGCUUCCUGCUGCUGCUCUUCUCCCUGACCCAGUUCAGCGUGGUGAGCGUGGUGGCCUACCUGGCCCUCGCCGUGCUCUCGGCCACCAUCAGUUUCCGCAUCUACAAGUCUGUUUUACAAGCCGUGCAGAAAACCGACGAGGGCCACCCUUUCAAGGCCUACUUGGAGCUCGAGAUCACCCUUUCUCAGGAGCAGAUUCAGAAGUACACGGACUGCCUGCAGUUUUACGUGAACAACACGCUUAAGGAACUGAGGAGACUCUUCCUCGUCCAGGACCUGGUGGAUUCCCUAAAAUUCGCAGUCCUGAUGUGGCUCCUGACUUACGUUGGCGCUCUCUUCAACGGCCUGACCCUGCUGCUCAUGGCUGUGGUUUCAAUGUUUACUCUACCUGUAGUGUAUGUUAAGCACCAGGCACAGGUUGACCAAUAUCUGGGACUUGUGAGGACUCACAUAAAUGCUAUUGUGGCAAAGAUCCAGGCUAAAAUCCCAGGCGCUAAAAGGCACGCUGAGUAAACUGAUAUCCCACCGGGACUGGGCACAACAGAAAUGUCUGGAGUGGUAACCGCUCUCUUUUUAAGUGUUACGGCAAGUCGAUUGUUUCUCCCCCCAGUACCAUAAUCUUAGAGACAAACUUUGCAACAGCUGUUUUUAGGCUGUUCCUGUACUCUUAGGAUAUUUGAGUCACUUGUGUCAAACACUAAAGUAUAGAGAAAAGUGUAUUAGAUGUGGUUUUUAAUUUCGUGUUGCUAAAAAAACGUGCAUGAUGGUGAGAGCCCAAGUUAUCUUUCCUUCUUUGGUGUUCUUCUCCUCCUCCCUGCAAUGCUUCUGUAGCUUCUCAUGUUCCCGUGGCUAGGCCUUUCCCGCUGAGUGCCCUGACGCAGUAGUGAAAAUCGCUUUUAUGUCCUUGGGCUGCUGGUCGGAUUAAUCUUUAAUAACAAUAUAUAGAAGUGUAGACCGAUGUCUUAGUGUUUUUCCAACACACACAACGUAAAAAUAAAAACAGUUGGCUGUACUUAUGGUAAUCAGUUUUGUAUAACUUAAAAUAAUUAAAUGAAUGAAUAAAUCCAAAACAGACAGGUGGUACUUUUGUUGUGUGGGACUGACGGGCUGAUUUACAUGUAUGGUAACGAAAGAGUACCAGCUUGUUAACUUUAUUACAAUUUGUAUUACUUUCUCUGUAGUUCCUAAUGGAUUUAAUUAUGGACUCUGGAUAUUUGCACUUCUGUACUUGGUAUUGAAUGCAUAAAUAAAUGUUAAUAAAUGUAAAAACUUC